CGGCAAGCGAUGAUCAAUCAGGGUAAGCUUUUUCACCGUCUUGAGAGAAAAGAGACAAAAGACAAAUUGUAUUUGAGAUUCUAAUCGUCACGUGUUUCUCGUACCGGUGCAUUUUGUUUAUGCAUCAAAAUAACGUUUUUAUAACCUAAAAAGUAUAGGCUCAGCUUUCCGUCGUGUUUUUUCAUGUUCGUUCAUUUUUAAGUGUUAAAAUGAGUUCAACUAUAAGAAAUCCUGUGCUUGCAACAAAUCCAUGGCUGACUAGUGCAAACAAUGUAUUUAGAUCUAAAUACAGUGGUGGAAAUAAACUUUUGAAAAGUGGCAAAAUCAUGAAAAAUCGUUGUCGUCCAAAACAGUUACAAACAGAGGUAAGGAAAGUUAAAAAAUUAACCAAGGCUGUUAUAACUAAACUGUACACUGAACAAUUAGUGCCUCUUUACCCAUAUUUAACGAAAUCAAAAAUUCGAGCCGCUUUAAUUAUGUCUGACAACAAUUUGCAUGAAGCUAGGUUAUUGCUUGAUUAUAAAAAUAAACUUUCUUCGCUUAGAAAAUACAUUGCUGUUCAGUCAGCGAAGAAUAUUUUUUAUAAAUUUCCAAGGAAUUUUAAACAAACUGCCAGAAGCAAUUUUACAGGAAGUUUUUCUUUAACUAAGACGGAAGAAUCUUUAUUUAUUCAAAAAAAUUCAACGUCCAGUACAACUAAUACUAUAAUUACGUCUUCUUCUAAUGCCAAUUCGCCGGUAAAUUCGAAUGAAAAUGAGAAAACUCCGCAUACACAGGUUUCUUUCCAAUUAGAACAAAUAAAAUCAGAGGAAAAAUAUAGGAAUUCAAAUGUUAUGAGUAGCAAAAUUACGGCAAAAUUACAUAGCAUUUUGGAGGAUAAAAAUGUAUCAAAAAAUGUUUCCUUAAGUGUGGACCAGAAAAACUCAUCUUCAAAUAUGUUUUUGCUGGAAAAAAUCAAAGAAAACAACUCUACAGAAGUAACAUUUACUGAGAAAAAUUCAUCAUCGAGUGAAUAUGAUUUUACCGAGUGCGAUUCAAAAAUUGAAACUACAAAAAAAUGGUUUGAAGAAAGAAGAUUAGAUAGAAUGUGUAUUAAAAAUACUGUCAGAAAAGUUGGCAUCAUUAUUAAGAAGAAUUCCACUGGGUAUGAAGCUUCUCCUUUGUAACAAUGUUUUUUUAUUUAAUAGUAGGGGCGACUGGAGCAAAUAUUUGGUAUUUGCUAGAGGUUUCAAAAUAAUUAAUAUUUUAAUAGUAUUUUGAUCAGUUAUUAUCCUAUUAUUUACAGGAG